UAGAAAAGAAAAGGCCUUUUGACCUGGUUGACAAUAUAGGAGCUUCUGAUUUUAACUCCUUCAGCCUGAUUCCUCUAAAAAUGAAAUACACAAGUUGUGCCUUAGUGCUGCUGCUCUGCAUCGUUUUGGAUUCUUCAAGCUGUUAUGACCAAGACGUAAUUUUUAAAGAAAUAGACAGCCUAAAGGACUAUUUUAAUGCAAGCGGUUCAUAUGUAGCAGAUAAAAAGCCUCUUUUCAAAGAUAUUUGGAAGAACUGGAAAGAGGAGAGUGAUAAGAAAGUAAUUCUGAGCCAAAUUAUCUCCUUCUACUUCAAAGUCUUUGACAACUUAAAGGACAACCAGAUCAUCCAAAAAAGCAUGGACACCAUUAAGGAAGAAUUAUUCAUUAGGUUCUUCAACAGCAGCACCAACAAACUGAAUGACUUCAAAAAUGUGAUUCAACUUCCGGUAAAUGAUGUGCAGAUCCAACGCAAAGCGAUGUCUGAACUCACCAGACUGAUGACUGAUCUGUUACCAAGAUCUACCCAAAGGAAGCGAAAAAGGAGUCGGUGUUGUUUUGGGCUUGCAAGUCAUACAAAUAAGGGUCAUCCUGCCAGCAGCUUUUGAAAAAUUUAAGUCUAAAUCUAUUUAUUAAUAUUUAAAAUUAUUUAUAUGGAAAACAUAUUUGUACUUUCGUUAACUACAGAAGUAUUUAUAAUUGCAACUAUUAUGUAAUGAAAAUGCAUAUCUAUUAUUAUAUGUAUUAUUUAUAGUUCCUGUACCCUGUAAUGAUUUCAUUUGAUGCUUUAUCCUCUUUGACUAAUUAGCCAAGAUUAUGAGGCUUUGUCUUAAGGGCCAAUAAACAGCUGACCUAAGCCAGACUGUGUAGGUUAUGCAUUUGUUUCUUUUGAUAACAGACACAAAAAAUACUUGCAACUGAAAUGACAUCAUCUAGCCAUUGCCUAUCUGAGAACUUCUAUCUGCAUUCUGAGCCACUGUUUUCAUGGCUUGUCAGAUGGCACUUGGACGUGUCAAGUAAUAUGGCCUGUUCCCUGAUCAAACUAGCAUCUAAGGAGAUUUCAAGCUUGUUGCUCCUGACUAUGAUUGACAGCUGUGACCUCAUGCAAAUGGAAAGGAGCUCACUUCUUUAGUUAAUUGUUACCUAAUACCUAUGAAUAAAGUAAAAGUAUACUUCCA